AUGGCUUCACAGGUCAGCUCCCACGAUGUGGUGAGACGCACAUGGCUACGGUGCUGCAAGUGGUUUAAUGACCUCCUGAGAUCGGGAAGGGAGAAGACAGCACACAACAAAGCUGAGAGGCUGUGGACUGGCGGAGGGCAGCCGCACCUUCUGAUCAUCACUAGAUAUGAGCAGGAGGCACUGGAGCUGGAGAGGCGCCAUGUGUCCAGGUCAACCAGCCACGAAACCAGCUCCCAAGAAGGGAGCCAAGAAAGCCUUAAAGAAACCAGCAGCAAAGGGCGGCUAGAAGCGGCGAAGGUCGAGGAAGGAGAGUUACUCCAUCUACAAAUUGAUGAAGCAGGUUCACCCGACACCGGCAUCUCCUCAAAGGCCAUGAGUAUCGUGAACUCGUUCGUGAAUGAUUUUUUCGAGCGCAUUGCAGGUGAGGCUUCCUGCCUGGCCCAUUACAACAAGCGCAGCGCCAUCGCUCCCCGGAGAUCCAGACCGCCGGGCGCCUGCUGUUGCCUGGGGAACUGGCCAAGCAUGCCCUGUCAGAAGGGUCAAAAGGUGGUGACCAAGUACACCAGCUCCAAGUAA